AUGGCCAUGCGAGAGGAGACCGGUCUGAAGUACACUGAGGAGUCGAUCAAGAGGCUGAGCAGGCAGCACCAGUGCCACAUCCGAGCUACAAUCCAAGGGGGGCCGGGACCAUGCCCCCUUUAUGAAACCUCCAAUAUCAACCACUUCUCCGCCAGCAUCCACACUCCCCGGGCUGGGGGCCAGGAGUAUUUUGAAGGAGGGCAUCCCUCUGCCCACUGUGACCCCUUCACAGUGACAGACGCCCUCAUCCGCAUGUGUCUUCUCAACGGAACAGGCGACAAGUCCUUCCAGAACAAAAACUAA